AUCAUGCCCGUAUUUCAGCUUCCUCGUGAGUCUUGAGAACUACAAUUUCUAUAGUGUUUGUUAAAUUAGUGUAUCCAUAACCAAUAUGGAAAAUAUUGAUAAUUUGAUUUUGGAUGAAUUAUUAAAUGAUAAUGAUGAUGAAGAUGAUGAAGAUGAGGUCGAAGAUUUAAUCAUCCCUGUUAUAAAUGACCAAGAACGUAUAAAUAUCGUCGAUAUUGUGGCGAUUGGUAUAGAAGAUGCACCAAUGCUACAUGACUUAAUACACGGAAAUAGACAGAAUGGAGAAAUUUUAAAUUUACAUUACUAUGAGCACGUAGUACCACGUUACAAUGAUAACCAAUUUUACUCACAUUUUAGAAUGAGCCGAGAAUUAUAUGAGGAAUUGGAAAAUUUAAUAUAUCGGCAAAUUAGGCAAGGUAAAAACAAUGUUCCGUUACUGAAAAAGAUACUGUUAACUAUAUGGAUUGUUGCCACUCCUGAGAGCUUUAGAUCCGUUGCCGACAGAUUUGGGCUCUCAAAAAGUAACGCCCAUGUAGUAUUUAAAGAAGUAAUUUGUGCAUUAAAAGAAAUGAUGCCACAAUUUGUAAAAUGGCCAAGUGCCGAAGAGUGUGAAACUAAUGAAAGGAUUUUCCGCAUGCGAUCGCGAGGAUUUCCGGAUGUUGUGGGGGCCAUUGAUGGAUGUCACAUUCCCAUCAAACAACCGCCUGGAAAUACAAACGAUUAUUAUAAUCGUAAGGGAUUUCAUUCAAUUAAUUUUCAAGGCAUAUGCGAUCAUACGGGUAAAUUUAUAGAUUGUCUAAUUGGUCGGUCAGGAUGAGCACAUGAUGCAGCUGUAUUUCGCAGUAGCCCCAUUUUUAACAGACUGAUGGAUCAAGAAAAUCCAAUUCUACCACCACAAAAGCACAUUAUAGGCGAUUCAGCGUAUCCAUUGCUUCAAAAUCUGAUGGUACCUUUUCGAGACAACGGACAUCUCACGCCAGAACAGUCUACGUAAACACCAAACUUUCAUCUAUACGGUCGAUUAUUGAGCGUGCAUUUGGAUUACUGAAGUGCAAAUGGCGGAGAUUGAAAUAUCUCGAUGUUAAAAGUGUAAGAAUGGCAAAUUACAUCAUUGCAGCGGCCUGUACUCUCCACAAUUUCCUUUUAAUACACGAUGAAGUUGAUAUAAGGGAGGACUACUUCAUGAAUGAUGACGUUAAUGAUGAAAAUGGUGGAGACUAUAAUGAUACCAAUGUCAAUAAAAAUGAAGCAGUUGAUGGAAAUGCGCGGAUGAAAAGGGAACAGAUAAUGAAUAACUUAUAAACUGCGAGUAUUUUUAUUUAUAUAU